AUGCCCGCCCUAGAAUUAUCCGCUCUGGGGUCUCAACGUAAAGCGCAAGAGGAACUUCGAGAGCCGCAAACACGGCGACCUGGAGCAGUGUCUAUUCGGGCUAUUCUUCAGACCCAUUCCAGGACACGCUUGUAUGUCCGACCAAUAGCCUGGGUUGCGGACCACCUGCGAUUGUUACAGUGUUACUUCCGUCCGCUAGAAGCAGAAGACAGUUGCGGACAAUCGUCAUGCACAGCCUCACCGAAGCCCAAGUCCCGCCGCGACCCCGGCAAUGUAUGGCGCCGCAUGCCUGGUGAUAUUACACAAAAUAGGGCGGUGGAUGUGAAAUCCAAAGACGCUAUUCUUGCAGCAACUCGGCUGUGCCGACCCACGUCCCUGGCGGUCCCGAAGUUGGCCCUCGAGACAAUCCUUGAAUCCUUCAACAACUUUCCUUUGCCAUCAAAAUGCCUAUCAUUAUACUCCCAUGGCCGCCACGCGGUACAGCUUCGCACAGAUAAUCUUUUCACGGGAGAUUCCAUUUCUCCAACUCUCGCCUACAUCAGCUUCGACCCCAUCAAACGUCUUCGCAGUGACUAUGUGGAUAUACCACGAUGCGAUCCCCUCCGAAAUGUCCCUGUUAGCAAUAUUAAACAGAAAAGGUUACGCUGGCUUGAGUCACAAAGAAAGGUGGAAGAUCCAUAUGUAGUGGCGAUUUCAAUGGCGUUGGCCCAAGAACAGCGACGGAUGCAGCAAGCACGGCAAAAGAAACAGGGGAGCGAAGUAAUCCCCAUGAAUAACCCCGAGACCCUAGAAGCUCAAGUAAAUGGAUAUGCCAACUGCGGGGGUACACAGGUCAAUGCAGAGAAUCCCAUGCCCUAUCUUGACGUGGGGAUAUCGACACCGCAUGCAGCAAGUUCCUUCAAGAGGCCCAGGUUCUGA